CUGUGCUCGUGUGCUUUGCGGGUCGACGUCAUGGAGGUUAUCUCUUUGUUGUCUCGGUAACUUCAUACCAUUAUGGGCAUCAUGAUCCCGAAGUCGACUGUGAGAAUUUACCGACAACCUGAUCGUGAUUUUACCAGAUGCCCGUUGUCUACGUCUCGUCGAUGAUGUGGCGAUCAUUGUCGAUGAGAAAAUGAUUGUCAUUCUUGGUGCUGCCUCCCAGCGUGUUUAAUGCACGCACAGACCGGCCCCCGGAGCCAUGUAACAAGUACCUGCAACCCAAGCGCAUUCAUUCUGCUUCUCACCGACCUUUCCCUCAUCCCGUAAUCCGGUCUAUCAAUAGAGCGCAGCUCACGCAUGCUGACAUGCGCGACAAGCGUAUAAAGGCUCCUCCAUGCAUCUUGGCAAUCAACCCAAGCGUGCUACUGCAUGUCGCCUAUCAUGCUCGCCUCACUUGCCUUCGGUCUUUUUGCUGCCUCAGCCGCGACAGCAAACCCCUUCGUUGUCCGCGACAAGGCCCCCAUCACCAUCCCGUUUACUCGGCGGUUCAACUUCACUGGCGAGUCCACGCUAGCGGAAAUGGACCGCAUCCGGGCACAGUCAUUCAUGUGCGGUUGUGGCAGAGGCAAUGGCUGCAACUACGUGAGCGAACAAAGCGCGGCAGCCACCAUCUUCGACACCGACGCUACAAACGGGGCUGUGGAUUAUACGAUCAGCACUGGUAUCGGCAGCCCGCCAACGUACUACACUCUCAUCGUGGACACAGGAAGCUCCAACACUUGGGUUGGUGCUGACCAGGCCUACGUGCAGACAAGCACAUCUGAGGCUACAGGAGAGACUGUGUCUGUCACUUACGGCUCUGGAUCUUUUGAAGGAAACGAGUACACCGACACAGUUACCCUGGCAUCCGGGUUCGUCAUAGCCGGCCAAUCAAUCGGUGUUGCGACUACGUCUGACGGUUUCGAUGGCGUCGACGGCAUCUUGGGUCUUGGCCCCGAAGACCUCACCUGUGGAACUUUAAGCAACGAGGAUGAGUGUAUCGCUACUGUGACGCAGAACGCGUACUCUCAGGGCCUCGUCAGCGCUCAGGAAAUUGGCAUUUCAUUUGAGCCGACCACUUCACUCUCGGACGCUAACGGAGAACUUACAUUUGGCGGUACCGACUCAAGCAAGUACACUGGCACAAUCACUUACACAGCCGUCACGACCACGGAGCCCGCCAGCUACUAUGUCGGAAUUGAGGAAUCUAUCACGUAUGGGUCUGACACAGCGAUCAUGUCGAGUUCGGCUGGUAUUGCUGAUACCGGCACCACCCUUAUCCUGCUCCCGAGCUCUGCAUACGCGAAAUAUGAAAAGGCUACUGGAGCGACAUACGACGAUGAUACCGGUCUGCUCAGGCUUACAACUACCCAAUACGAUAAGCUGGAGAGCCUUUACUUCACCAUUGGCGGAGUUUCGUACGAGUUGACUGCGAAUGCUCAGAUCUGGCCUCGCUCCCUAAACACUGCUAUCGGUGGAACCUCCGACUACGUCUACCUGAUUGUGAACGACCUCGGUUCGAGCGCAGAGACCGGUCUGCAGUUCAUCAACGGCAUGACGUUCCUGGAACGCUUCUACUUCGUUUAUAACUCCGGCACCAACGAGGUUGGCUUUGCUACCACUAGCUACACCGACGCGACUACAAAUUAGGGUAAAGAUACCCCGGCGUAGUGGGGUCCUACUUGAGAGUCAGGCUGUUAUGUAUGCAAAUUCGCAGUGGGUCUAACUGGAGUGCACUUAAAUCACGU